GCCCCAAGGCCAUGGGACAAGGCAGUCCCGCCCCUCCAGGACCAGCAUAAAAGCCGGCCCAGAGCCUCUCUCCCUCACACACUUCUCCUGACGCCUUCUGCUCCUGCAGACAACCAGGGACCCUCCACACCACAGCCAUGGCCUGCAACACCCUCUGCCGACCCUGCGGACCCACCCCGCUGGCCAACAGCUGCAACGAGCCCUGUGCCCUGCAAUGCCAGGAUUCCCGCGUCGUCAUCGACCCUUCCCCCGUGCUGGUCACCCUGCCAGGACCCAUCAUGACCUCCUUCCCCCAGAACACCGCCGUUGGAUCCACCUCCUCGGCUGCCGUGGGCACUGAGCUCAGUGUGCAGGGACAGCCCGUCUCUGGUGGAUUUGGUGGCUUUGGCUACGGCCUUGGCUACGGCCGUGGAUUUGGCUAUGGGCUGGGAGGCCUGGGCUGCUAUGGCAGAAGGGGCUAUGGCUACAAUUGCUAAGGGUCCUCAGCACCUCUCCUGACACCAGCCACCCACUCCCUGGAACACACCCCAGGCAUUGAGGACGCCUCUCUGGGCCAAGGCUCUUCUAUGCGCCCAGCGAUUCCUGUUCGUGUGACAUCUUAAGGCAACGCCUUAAGAGCGAUGGUGCUUGGUGUGUCUCAUCUGCCUCCUGCUCUUUUCCCUCUUCCUUUCAUAUCUCUCCAGUCCCUUCUUCUGCAAACCUCUUCUCCCAGGCCGGAGACCAUUGGGAACCUUCACCAUCAGGUUGCUUAUACUGCAAAGCAGGAAAGCCUUCAUGCUCUGGCCAAACCUACUGCAAUUAAAGGAACUUGGCUGAUGGUUGGCCCUACUUGCCCCUUCUACUGGCUGCUCAUGACCUCUCACACUUCUUUUGCCUCAAUAAAAUACCAUUGCCUCGCAAC